AAAAACAUAACCUCAUUUUUUUAUGUGAGCAUUAUUUUUAUUUUUAGUUUGGAGAGUGGGUUGAAAAUUAAAAUAUACUGAAAAAACAACUAAAUUAUUUAUUGCAGUAUAACGUAUUCGCCAUGACUACUUUACGGCCUUUUGUUUGUGAUGAUAUGUAUCGUUUUAAUAACGUAAAUUUGGACCCAUUGACUGAAACCUAUGGCUUGUCAUUUUAUAUGCAAUAUUUGGCACAUUGGCCUGAAUAUUUCCAAGUUGCAGAAUCACCUAGCGGGGAAAUCAUGGGAUACAUUAUGGGAAAGGCAGAGGGAGUUGGAGAAAACUGGCAUGGCCACGUCACGGCUUUAACAGUGUCUCCAGAUUUCAGAAGACUUGGAUUGGCAGCCGCACUCAUGAAUUUCUUGGAAGAAGUAUCUGAAAGAAAACGUGCCUAUUUUGUAGAUCUUUUUGUAAGAGUAAGCAACAAAGUUGCAAUAAAUAUGUAUACCAAUCUAGGAUACAUUGUGUAUAGAACGGUACUGGAAUAUUAUUCUGGAGAUCCAGAUGAGGACGCCUAUGAUAUGCGAAAAGCUUUAUCGAGAGAUGUGACUCAGAAAUCUGUUGUUCCUCUUUCACAUCCUGUUCGCCCAGAAGAAGUUGACUGAUACACUAACGACAUUUGAAAUAAUUAAAUUAUUUAAUUUUCAUAGGAUUUUUUGAUCUAUGCUGAUUAGAAGAUUAUAUACUUUUUCGUAACUUUAAUAAGUUUAUAUUCUUCAAAAAAAAUAUAAUUGCUGGCAUAUUUUUAAAA